AAGCGGUGAGGAAGUUGCUGUUAAGCUGGAGUCUGUGAAGACCAAGCAUCCUCAGCUUCACUAUGAAUCCAAAUUAUACAUGCUGCUUCAAGGAGGAACGGGUAUACCCCAUCUCAAAUGGUUUGGAGUUGAGGGCGAAUAUAAUGUCAUGGUUAUUGACCUUCUUGGACCUAGCCUGGAAGACUUGUUUAAUUAUUGUAAUCGGAAGUUCACUUUGAAAACAGUCUUAAUGCUUGCAGAUCAGUUGAUAAACAGAGUUGAGUAUAUGCACUCCCGUGGUUUUCUUCACCGUGAUAUAAAGCCUGACAACUUUUUAAUGGGUUUAGGGCGCAAAUCAAAUCAGGUUUACAUCAUUGAUUAUGGCCUUGCAAAGAAGUAUAGGGAUCUUCAAACACACAAGCAUAUACCAUACAGGGAAAAUAAGAAUCUUACAGGAACAGCUCGUUAUGCAAGUGUAAACACUCACCUUGGAGUUGAGCAAAGCAGAAGAGAUGAUCUGGAAUCCCUUGGUUACGUGCUUAUGUAUUUUCUACGGGGAAGCCUUCCAUGGCAGGGACUAAAAGCAGGUACCAAAAAGCAGAAAUAUGAUAAAAUUAGCGAGAAAAAGAUGCUUACUCCCAUUGAGGUUCUUUGCAAAUCCUAUCCAUCAGAGUUCACAUCGUACUUCCAUUAUUGCCGGUCAUUGCGGUUUGAAGACAAACCUGAUUACUCAUACUUGAAGAGGCUUUUCCGGGACUUGUUUAUUCGAGAAGGUUAUCAGUUUGAUUACGUGUUUGAUUGGACCAUUUUGAAGUAUCCACAGACUGGUUCCAGUUCAAGAGCACGACCAAGUGGGAAACAAGCUUUGAAUGCUGCAGGACCAUCAGCUGAAAGAUUAGAGAGGCCUUCAGACUUGAGUAAGGCUUGGGCUCAAGUAUGUGGUCUGUUGCUUUGCUCGGAUAUGGGAUUUUUUUCUUUCAGGUGCUAAUUUGUUUGAUCACUUUGUACAGCU